AGAGAGCAAAAGAAACGGAAGCUACAGAGGGGGCCAAGCGUCCGGACUUUUGUCCCGCGGUCCCUUUAAGAGAAGAACCUCUUGGGACCUGCAGUCCCAACCGACCCCAGUUUUAACCGAAACCUAACCCGGACUUCCCCCUCUUGACUCAAAUAAGACCAAUUUUGGAUUUUCCCUCCCCUGUUGACCAAUCAGAGUCUGUUACCAGGCAGACCUUAGCUGCCGCCCAGGCGAGCCCGGCGCCUUCUGUCUCCGGGUGGCAGCAACGACCAAUGACAGAGCAGGCCCUCCGAGUAUCCGGGCAGAUCGGGGCUGCUCCAGCCAGUCAGAAAAAAGAAAAUAAAGCAACGCACGAGCCCGCCGGGCCAGGACCGUGGGGCUGGGCUGGAGUGAAGGUGGCUGCGAGCUCCCGCCCUCAUGCCAGGAUGGCCGAAGACGAACCCGACACCAAGAGCCCGAAGCCCGCGGGCCGGGCCCCCUCAGGCGGUGCCGAGGCGGGGGAGCCCACCACGCUUCUGCAGAAGCUCCGGGGUACCAUCUCGAAGGCCGUGCAGAACAAAGUAGAGGGAAUCUUGCAAGAUGUACAGAAAUUUUCAGACAAUGACAAGCUGUAUCUCUACCUUCAGCUCCCCUCAGGGCCCAGUACUGGAGACAAAAGCUCAGAGCCAAACACACCUAACAAUGAGGAGUACAUGUAUGCCUGCAAGUGGAUCCGAAACCACCUGGAAGAGCAUACUGACACCUGUCUACCAAAGCAAAGCGUUUAUGAUGCCUAUCGGAAGUACUGUGAGAGCCUCGCUUGUUGCCGCCCACUCAGCACAGCCAACUUUGGCAAAAUCAUCAGAGAGAUCUUCCCUGACAUCAAGGCCCGAAGGCUUGGUGGCCGGGGUCAGUCCAAAUAUUGCUACAGUGGCAUACGAAGAAAGACCUUGGUAUCUAUGCCACCCUUGCCUGGCCUUGACCUAAAGGGCUCUGAGAGUCCAGAAAUGGGCCCAGAAGUAACCCCAGCACCUCGGGAUGAACUGGUUGAGGCAGCCUGUGCCCUGACCUGUGACUGGGCAGAGCGAAUCCUGAAACGGUCCUUCAGUUCCAUCGUUGAGGUCGCCCGCUUCCUGCUACAGCAUCAUCUCAUCUCUGCCCGAUCUGCACAUGCCCAUGUGCUCAAGGCCAUGGGGCUUGCCGAAGAGGAUGAACGUGCCCCUCGGGAACGGACAUCUAAAUCUAAGAAUGGUGUGGAGAACCUAGAGGGUGGAGCCCAAAAGAAACCAGAGAGACCGACCCAGCCUCCUCAGGAGCUGGAACCCCGAGCUGGGGCUGGUCCCUCAGCACACGGAGAACGGAAGAAGACUGUAGUAGAGAGUCCGGCCCCAGCAGCCAAUAACCCACAGGUUAAUGCCCUGAUGGCCCGGCUGCCUCUGCUCCUCCCCCGGGCCCCUCGCCCAGUUAUUCAGCAAAUCGCCGUCUCUCCACCCAUUGUGGCCCCCAAGCUUUCUCCAGGCACUCUGAAAUUGACUGCACUGCCUGUGUCCAGUAGAGUUAGGGGAACCCAGGCAGCUGUGCCCAUCAUUAAUAUGAUCUUACCAACUGUUCCUGCUUUGCCUGGACCUGGACCUGGACCUGGACCUGGACCUGGACCUGGACCUGGACCUGUGCAAGCUCCACCUGGGGGGCUCACUCAGCCCCUGGGCACAGAGAAUAGGGAGGUCGGCAUAGGUGGUGACCCAGGACCUCAUGACAAGGGUGUCAAGAGGACAGCCGAAGUAACUAUGAGUGAGACCAAUGGGCAGGACCCACCAGCAAAAGCUGCAAAGCAGGAUAUAGAGGAUACAGGAAGUGAUGCCAAAAGAAAACGGGGGCGCCCUCGAAAAAAAUCAGGUGGAAGUAGGGAAAGGAAUUCUGCCCCUGAUAAGUCAGCAGCUGCCACGGCCUCUGCCCAGUCCUCAAGGUUACCACGGGAGACGUGGGCUACUAGAGAGGAAAGCAACUCAGCUGGAGGGUCAGAGAGGCCAGGGCCAGUGGGAAAGGCCGAGAAGGGGACGGUGCUUGCCCAGGGUCAGGAAGAUGGUGCUGUUUCUAAGGGAAGGGGCCCCAGUUCCAGUUCCCGCCAUGCCAAAGGAGGGGAAGAUAAAAUUCCUCUUGUCAGUCCAAAAGUGAGUGUCAUCAGGGCCAGCAGAAGCCAUAAGGAGGCUCUUCAUUUGGGAAAGGGAGAGGUGGAUACUAUAGCACAGGGUAAUAAAGAUUUAAAAGGGCAUAUGCUUCCAGGUCCCUCAUCCCAUGAGCAGAAAGACCCCAAAGCAACACCCCCAUGAUAAAUACGUAGAGAAGAGUGUUUAAACCAGAUGUGAACUCUGCCUGUCUGCCUUGUAAAGCCCUUCUGACUUGCUUCUCUGGCUCUUCUUUUCCAAAGGGAAUUCAUGCUCUUCUGUAUAGACAGCUGAGGCACCUGUCUUACACAGUGCCUGCUUCCUGCCUCUGACCUUUUCAGCUCAAUACCCUUGGCUUUAGAGUCGCUAGUAAAUCUGAUCCAUGUGUUAUCCUGUGGGAACAAUAGGGGUGGAGUAAUAUGAUGAAUGUAUAAGCUAGGAAUCUUUUGGUUUUAAAUAAUAGAAAACCUAACUCAAACUGGUUUAAAGGAAAGAUUUACUGGCUCAUGUAACUGUAAAGUCCACAGGUAGUGCUGGCUCCAGGUAAAGCUGAUCCAGUGGCUCAGCACAUCUCUAAAUACCUGAUUGCCUCGCCACCCGCACUGUUCUACCUUCUGUAGGAUCACAGGCACCCUGGGCUGCCUGUGGCUGCCAGCACUCCUAGAAUUAUAAUGCCUCCUCAUUUAUAUCCAACCAGAAACAGAGGGCAUCUUUCUGCCAAGAAUCCUAGCAAAAACCCUGCGAUUCACUCUGAUUAGGCGAACUCCUGUCACAUGCCCACCCCUAUCCAAUCCCUGUGGCCAGGGGGAUGUCGAUGCUAAUUUGCGUCGUCUACAUCAGGACUGCACCUGUGGAAUGAGGGUGGGAUUAGCCUCCUUAGAAACUGGGAGGGGAAGUUCCUGGGGAGGGGGCUGACACCUGGCCACUACUAUGAAGUACAAGUGAUUUUAGCUUGCUAGGUUAAGAUUAGCUAUACCUGCUUUUCCCCUCAUAGUCUUGCAUUUUUCUUACUGCAGCUGUAACCUCUUUUUAUUUUGGUCUCAAGAAAUGAGAGGAAAGUCGCUCUCCUUUAGGAGCUAUCUCUUCAGUCUCCUUUAGAUGACAAUACCUUUUUUUUCCCCCUUCACCUAUGGCUCAGAGAUGGAGCUCCUUCCUUUUCCUGUUUUUGAACUUUAGUUUCUCAUUUCUGCCUCCCUGUCUCCCACCCUUCCGCCACUAUCACUAAAUAGAGUGAGAUUUGCUUCUAAUCAUUUUAUUAAAUUCAUUCUGUAUCCACCAGGUGUCAGUCUCUGGUACACAUGUCAGGACUAGCCAGGUGUAGGCCGGCUGUGUGGAAGGAGGUAGCUCUGUAUCAGGGAACACCAAGAGGAAGGGGAUCCAGACCCUCCAGGUGGGUCAGUGGGAGAAGCAGUAAACCAGCCAAUAUUGAUUAAGGACCUACUUUGUCUUUUGCAUAGGGUAGCUCCUGUCAGGGAAUCUUGGUUCUUCCCAAGAAAUUUAGAUUUUCUUUCAGGGAGACUUCAUUUGUUCAUUUAUUUCCACCACAGUAGAUUUUUAAAAAUUAUAAUAUGUAAUGUUUGAUAUCUAUAAAAUAUAUUUAACAUGAAUAAAUUAUGAAGUAUAAUAAUUAAAUGACUACCUAUGACCCAUUACCCAACCUAUACAUUAAAACAUUAGAAAUAU